UAGGGCCUUGGAUGAGAAUGGGUUUAGGGGUAAAAAGCUAAAAAACAAAACCAAAUAGAAUGGAAUUUGGCGGUUAGGGUUUUAGGGGAGAGACAGAGAGGAUUUCCAUAAUUCCAUUUUCUUUUCGGUGACCUCAGACUGAGACUCUGUCACUCUCACUCGCUUCAUCUCAACUCCGUCUCCUCCGAUUUCUGCUCCGACCAAACUCACCAGUUGUGGGUGACUGGGGAAGCAUAAAAAGAUUCUGCCGGUUUCAGUUAACUAACCUGGAUGGCACAGUGGGGUGUUCGUCGGAGAGUAGUGUUCCUUAAAGAACAUAAUCCUCAAGUUGCAUCCAGCAUCACUAAGGAAGAAGAGGUAGAAGAUUCCAAAGAUGAAGUUUUAAGAGCUGUGGUAGAGGAUUCAAAAGAUGAAGUUUUAAGAGCUGUGAAAACUGAACCUCUAGAGAUGCCAGAACCCAAAAGGAGGAAGUGCCUUGACCGCAGAUCUAAAGAUGUGCAGGCAGCAUUGCGUGCUAAGAAAAGGCAGCAUGGGUUUAGGCCAAUGGAGAGAAAUGAGAUCAGAGGAGGAAGAUGGAAUGUUGAGAGGUAUAAGAAAGCAGAGCAAAGUCUGUUGGAUGUUUUGGAGGCUAAAGAGGCAACUUUUGCCAACCCAGUUAGCAGGACAGAUCUGAGAUUGACAGCUCGAGGAAAAAUUGGUGACACUGGACUGAUUGACCACCUACUGAAGCACAUUGAUGGCACAGUUACACCAUGUGGGAGCAAGCGGUUUCGGCGGUGGUUCAACCACAAUGGAAUAAUGGAAUAUUGGUUGGAGAGUGCGGAACUGGCUGACAUUCGGAAAGAGGCUGGGCAUCAUCCUUAUUGGUUUCCACCAGGUUGUGGUGCCUCUGAGCAUUAUGAUUCUUCUGGAGAACUGAGGCUACUCAAGGCAGAAGUGGAUAAAAUGAAAAGUGAUAUGCAGGAGCUGCUGGUAUCCAAGAAGCAAGAGAAAGAUCAAACCAAUAUGCUGGAGGAUUUGGUGAAAUGGAAAGCUCAAACUGAGGAAAGGUUGAAACUUGCUUUAGGUUCUUGGAAGGGUAUGCAGGACAAGUUGGGUGAGUUCAUGACAUGGAAAGCUUCUGUUGAGCAACAGCUGGUGGAAUUUACAAAUGUCAUGGGUGAUAUGCAAGUAGAAAAGCAAUACACUGCUACCAACCUUUUAGCUUCUGAGCGAUGGGAAGAUUGGUUGGAGAGCGGCAAUGUGGAUAAUUUCCAGGGAAAUGAACUUGUACCUUGGUUUGAGAAUACCACUCCAGUGAACAAUGAAGAGGAAGUUAUAAUCCAAGAUCCCCAGUCAGCUCCACCAGAUGGAUCAAAGACUGGUGAUAGCUCAACACAGGACCCUAUUUUCACAGCGAAGGAAAUGGUUGAAUUGGAGAGGACGAGAGAUGUGCCUGGGCUGGAAUGGGAGAAGCAGACUGAACAUCAAGCUAAUGUGACUCCUAAUUCUUCUGCUACUGCAAGUUCGAAGUCAGAUGUUGAUAACCUGCAUUUGUUUCAGGAAAUGUUUCAGGAGUUGUUUAGCUGGAAAUCUCAAAUGGAGCAGAAAAUGACUGAGUUAUCAAAUUCUGUGAGUGCCAUCAAGCAAACAUCAAAAGUAUCUACUCCAGCCCUUCAGCUGGCAGAAGAUGGGAAUCUGAUUAUGGACUAUUAUCCAUGUUACAAGUUCUAGAAGGGCCUUACUUCACUUUAGACUAGCACCAGAAUAUUUAGACUUUGUAUAGUGUUUACAAGCUGAUGCCUGAAAAUCCAUUCCAACUACCAAACCAGUGAGACCUAUUUUAACUUUACAUGUGGAGCCCAAACCCCUCGAGCAUUUUGCUUUUAAGUUAGUGACUGUCUGAACUUGAAUGUUAAUAUACCAGACUGUUCUUUGAGGAUGCUAGAAGAGAAAUGACUGACCGGUGGAUAUACUUUUGUAAUGUGGUCAAGUAGUUAUGACAAAUGGUAUGAAGCAUAUUUAUGCUCAA